GUGUGUUGGUGGAUGCAUGUUGAUUAUUGAUGUUAAGAGAAGUUUGUUGAAGCAUGAAAAAGUCAUGAUUGAACUACCAACUCCAAAUACCCGAGCAUUCGUUUAGCAAGAGAGAGGGAGAAGAAAACUAAAACUGUGGAUUGCUUGGUGGCUAGCUACUAGCUAAUUAAUCGAUGAAUUAGCAGAAAGAAGGUGGGAAGAUUAUCAAUAAAAUUAGCUAAGCUAGAUUCGUCGUCAAACACCAUCCACCGAUCCUCCAAAAGUUGAAUAAAUCAAAAUCUUUUGUCUCCCCCACUCAGUUUUCAAUUUUCAUAAAUAUCAUCCAGUCAUCCUUCUUCUUCAUUUACUCGGUACUAUUUGUCGUUCUUAAUUACUAAGCCCAAAGCAAGCUAGGAAUCGAGCAGUCUCUGGGGCGGCAGCUAAGAAUGAGGGGGAAGCCGAUCGUAUCAUCAGGCAGAGCCAUAAUACUGCUAUGCAUGGGUUGCUUUGUGGCGGGAUCGCUGUUUACCAGCUGGAGUGGCAGUAGUCGCAAAAGCUAUUCUUCAGCUGCCAAAGACAACCAUAAACAACUUGUUCCUCCGCCGCUCACUCCUCAUAAUUUUUCCACUGAACCGAACCAAGCCAAGCACGACUGCGAGCACAAGCGUAAACUGGCGGAGGAGAGGCCGGCAGCUGCUGCUAUUGGAGAUAUAAUGGAUGAAGUAGAGAGGACCCAUCAAGCUAUCAAGUCGCUGGAGACAACGAUGUCGUCAUUAGAGAUGGAACUAGCAGUGGCUAGAACAAGGCAACAGCAAGAGCCUGCUGCUGCAAGGGGAAGUCCCCGGCAAGUUACGAACAAUGUUAAUGCUAGAAAUUUAUCAAGUAGUAAGAUCAAUGAUUCAUCAUCAACGUCGACGCCGGGAGUAGUUGGGCUAGGGCUAGGACUGGAACUGAAACUGCAAAAGGCGUUCGUAGUGAUUGGAAUCAACACAGCAUUCAGCAGCAGGAAACGGCGGGAGUCGGUUCGGGAGACUUGGAUGCCGAAAGGUGUGAAGCUCGAGGCCCUGGAGAAGGAAAAAGGGAUAGUGAUAAGGUUCGUGAUAGGCCACAGCGCCACCCCUGGGGGAGUUCUCGACAAGGCACUCGACGCUGAGCAAGACAAACACAAUGACUUCCUCAGGCUCAACCACGUCGAAGGUUACCACCAGCUCUCCACCAAGACCAGGCUCUAUUUCUCUACUGCCGCCUCCAUUUGGGACGCCCACUUCUACGUCAAGGUUGAUGACGACGUUCACCUCAACUUAGGUGUGCUGGUUACCACCUUAGCAAAAUAUCGUUCAACACCUAGGGUAUACAUUGGAUGCAUGAAAUCCGGACCGGUUCUAUUUCAGAAAGGGGUGAAGUACUAUGAGGCCGAGCACUGGAAAUUCGGGGAAGAAGGGAACAAGUACUUUAGGCAUGCAACUGGCCAACUCUAUGCCAUCUCCAAAGAUCUGGCUGCCUAUAUCUCCCUCAAUUCGCCCAUACUUCACAGAUAUGCAAAUGAGGAUGUGUCAUUAGGGGCGUGGUUGAUUGGGCUGGAGGUUCAACAUGUAGAUGAACGCUCCAUGUGUUGCGGUACUCCUCCAGAUUGUGUAUGGAAAGCAGAAGCAGGAAAUCUAUGUGUGGCAUCGUUCGACUGGUCGUGCAGCGGAAUUUGCAAGUCUGUGGAAAGAAUGAGACAGGUGCAUACUUCUUGUGGUGAAGGUGAAGCUGCCGUUUGGAAUGUUGAUCUUUGACCAACCGGUCACCUCUAGCUAGCUAUUUCAGUUCCACCAAUGAACGUCCAUAGUACUAUAACUGAUUCGCCUUUAUUUACUUUUAGCUACCUAGAUAGAUGAACAUUAUCAUUAUUUUGGACUUCCAAACUUGUUCCUCCUAGGAUGGGUUCAAACUUUUGCAUUAUUACUUUAGGUCUCCCGAUUAGGGUGUUCAAACGAUGUGGUUACCGUGGUAACCAUUUUAACCGGUACUAUUUGGAUAAUUUUUUUGGUUUGGUUAACUUGGAUAAUUGGUUUGAUUUGGUUAAAGUUUUUAGCUUGUUUGGUUUAUGUGGU